AUAACAAAAGUUUGUAAAAUGGCGGGCGUCUUGUUUGAAGAUAUUUUUAACGUCAAGGACAUCGAUCCUGAAGGGAAAAAAUUUGACAGGGUCAGCCGUCUGCACUGUGAAUCUGAAUCCUUUAAGAUGGACCUCAUUCUCGACAUCAACAGCUGGCUCUAUCCAAUGGAACUCGGGGACAAAUUUCGACUGGUUCUUGCGACCACCUUGAGAGAAGAUGGUUACCCCGAUGGCGGAGAUUGGAAUACUAUCGAGCAAGCAGGAUCCAGAGCAGACAGUUUUGAAUACGUAAUGUCCGGAAAGGUUUACCGCAUCGAAGGAGAUGAACUCAGCAACGAACCUGGCAGCCGCUUAUCCGCCUACGUAUCCUUUGGAGGACUUUUGAUGAGAUUACAAGGAGACGCAAACAAUUUACAUGGCUUUGAAAUUGAUCAGAAUAUGUACCUGCUUAUGAAGAAACUCGCUUUCUGAAUAAACAUUAAAAAAAAAAAAUAUUUCAUAUUUUUAUACUUUUAUAAUUAUUGGAUAAAAUAAAAAAUAAAACUUAACAGAACAAAGGAA